GCCUUUUAAUCUGUAGCUUUAGCUCUUUUCUGUAUCUUUUUUUUGUUUGUUUCGUAUCAUUUCCCUCUUCCCCGUCCUCCACUCUACCAGGCGUAAUGUGCUCGGGGCUUGUGUAGGGACCCAUCGAUCGCAGCACCGACCCUGACACGACUCUUGUGUCUGGUACGACAACUGUUUCGGACUUGUGCGCAGCGGCUUUUCUUGUGGCUUCCAGCUGUCUGUCUCUCGUCUGGUGCGACCCCGACCAAAAAUAUUUUUUUUUUGUUCAACAUUCAGCCAGACCUGAAGACGAGAAGCGCGGCCGUGCGACCUAGAGAAAAUAGGAUGCUCCCCGCCGCAUUGAGGCUGCUAUUUGCAGCAUCUACCGCCACCGCGGCCAUCGUCGCCCGUGACCAGCCCCAACCGCCGCUUCUCGCGCACUGUCAGGUCGACGACAACGGCGCGGCCGAGUUUGGCGAUGGAUACGUCCGCUACCCGCUGCGCACCUCUGAGCGGCGCCGUCCGCUGGGUGACGCGGCGAUCGACAGGGCCAUCGUGUCGCUGGCCAAGCUCCAGGCGCGCCAGUCGGUAGAGUCGGGCGUCACCAACAUUGAGGACGGGCUAAUCUACUCGGUGGAUAUUGGAGUGGGUACACCGAAGCAGGAGAUUGAGGUGGUUAUCGAUACCGGCUCGUCAGAGCUUUGGGUCAAUCCCGACUGCAACAACAUCGAGAACCGGUUGAGCAAAUCGAUGUGCAGGGCCGUGGUGCACUACGAGCCCAGCCAGAGCAGUACUGCGGUUAACCUGCGCAGGAAUGGAACUAUCACGUACGGGUCUGGUGAUGUUAAGUUCAACUAUGUGGCGGAUACAGUGACAGUUGGUUCCAACACCGCCAUCAGGAACCAGACUUUUGGCGUGGCCACCCAGUCGACCGAUAUCUUCAUGGGCAUCAUGGGCCUGGGCCCCCGUCUCGGCCGCCCCCGGGAGAGCAACUAUUCCCUGUUGCUGGAAAGCCUGGUCGAGCAGAAGCACAUUCGAAGCCGUGCCUUCAGCCUGGACCUGCGAAGCGUCAACAGCCGCACCGGCGCCGUCAUCUUUGGCGGCAUCGACACGACCAAGUUCAUCGGCGACCUGUCCAAGACGCCCAUGCUAUCGCCGCAGGAGACUCCACAGGGCGCAGAUAGGUACUACGUCCACAUGACCUCCAUCUCCCUGUCGUCGUCGGGCAGCGAUUCGCGCAAGGUCUUCGACAAGGGCUCCACCAAUGGAGUGGCUGUUUUCCUCGACAGCGGCGGCACCGUCUGCCAGCUGCCGCAGGCCAUCUUUCAGCGAAUCGGCGAGGCCUUCCCCGGCGCCACCCUCGACUCGCGCUCGGGCUUCUACCAGGUCGACUGCAAGGACGCCACGUCGGCCAACGGCACCAUCGACUUCGGCUUUGGCGACAAGGUCAUCCGCGUCGGCUACGCGGACUUCAUCUGGCGGCCCGCCAGCAACGUCUGCGUCCUCGGCGUCAGGGCCCUGGCCAGCCAGCGCGGCGAGCCCAUCCUGGGGGCGAGCUUCCUGCGCGCCGCCUACGUCGUCUACGACCAGGACAACAGGAAUCUGCACCUCGCGCAGGCCGCCAACUGCGGCGACGGCGACAUUGUCAGCAUCGGGCAGGGCUCUGAUGCGGUGCCGUCGAGUGCCAAGGGCAAGUGCACCGUCGCCUCGAGCGGAGACGGAGUGACAAGUGCUGACGAGAAGAAGAACGCGGCGGGUAGGAUGGCGGAUGGGGCCAGCUGGAUGUUCCUGCUAGCGGCGGGCGGCUUGUCCGUCCUGUAUACCUCUUUUACAUAAGACGGAUUGGGUUUGGUUCGGUUUGUGGUGAGCGAGCAAGUUAAAACACUACAUAAUUGAUGAACAUUACGAACUAUUCUCAAGCCUGGGUCGAUGUCUUUUCUUAACUGGGGGAAUGUAGAGUGAUUUCGACGUCCAUCAUUCACUCCUUGCCACCGUCAGAUUAUUGUCACACGGAUUACCCUCGUCGAUUUCUAUUCGUGCUGGUCAUGCUGAACUGCCAUUGCCAAGGCUGAGCGGCGGGAGUGGGACAGUUGCAAAAGAUACAUGUUUCUUUAUAUGCAAAACUUGGCAAGGUUACACCUGUUGGGUAAUUGGGAUCUAUGGCCUCAACACGCCAAAGCACCCGGGAUAGGGCAUAGGCUGAGAAAGGGGCCAGUUUCGAUUUCUGUCGAAGCUAGCCAAGUGUUCCUGGGAGCCUCUUAUUGGCUAUGGCUAUCUAUACUCAUCAUAUGGCCAUGACGGAGGCCUGCUACCGACCUGAUAAUACAAUCGGCAGUGGGCAGUCCAAAUGCAAACUAGCAUUAUAAACACUGAAUGUCCUCCGGUUGUGGAUAUGAUCAGGAUUGCAAACGUAGUGCUGGAGCCUGGGAGACAGGAUGGCCAUAUCGUACUACGUGUGACACUCAUACUAUGCGUUUUUGAAUACUGUCAACUCAGGAUAUCCCUCGCAACCUCCGAGUCCUGGAUCUCUUUCGGUCUUUUCCUAGGUACGCGCCCUCGUCUGUCGAGGCUCCACUGCCAGAACGACCAGCUUCUCCGGAUUCAGGUGCAGGGAGGCACUGCUCAGUAAAUAGCUGAAGGGGACUAUCAGGGGCAGAGAGCAUCUUGUAAUUAGCCACCUGGCUGAAGAGAUUGUCAAGCGAACCUAAUAUGAACUACUGGUAGACCUAGCAGACUUCUAGGUCGUCGAGGAUUGUCUCUGUGGUGUGUGCUGUUCUGCUCUCAUAACUGCGUCUGCAACAUCACUUAGAUUAAGCCUUCUUAUCAAGCAGUCACUUACAUACAUACCCACUCGGGUACCCAUUUGUUGCCGUUUGUCCAAGCUUACCUUCUUUACGACUAAAAGUA